AAAAACCAUUUCACAGUCUCUCAAUAUCGGAUGGCAUUUGAGACAGCAAGGGUAAUGAAAACAGAGACAUCAAAGUUGAAGAACAUCAUUUCGGCAUCAUUCAAACCCUUGUCUCUGACCAUUCCCAUAGGCGACGGAUUCCACGAAUCCUUCCCUUUCAGCCAUUGUCAUUUAUAGUAGACAAGGCUUUUUAAGUAAGCCAAGGGUUUUUAUUCCUAUUGGUUUGCAAGAGGAGGCGAACUUUGAGGUGCUUCCUACUGCAUCUCAUAAUGCUUGCAUUUGUUGGGUCACAAGAACAGUUUGCUCAACCACAGACGUGCAUCCGUGCUAGGAUGCUGCUCAAGCCUCCUACAAGACCCAAACUUUAUUCAGGGUUUAUGCCCGAAGAGGAUCAUGAUUCAUACUCUGAUUUAAUACCAGGCUUGCCUGAAGACUUGGCAAAGAUAUGUCUUGCCCUUGUUCCUCGUAGUCAUUUUCCUGUUAUGGGUGCAGUUUCCAAGCGGUGGAUGUCAUUUCUUGAGAGCAAGGACUUAAUAGCUGUAAGAAAGGAGGUUGGGAAACUUGAGGAGUGGGUGUAUGUCUUAACUCCAGAAGCUGGCACAAAAAGGUCCCACUGGGAGAUUUUGGAGUGUUCAGGGCAAACACAAAGCCCUCUUCCGCGUAUGCCUGGACUAACCAAAGCUGGGUUUGGUGUGGUUGUUAUUGGUGGGAAGCUCGUUGUUAUUGCUGGCUAUGCUGCUGACCAUGGGAAGGAAUAUGUUUCAGAUGAGGUUUACCAGUAUGAUUCUUGCCUCAACAGGUGGACUUUGCUUGCUAAGAUGAAUGUGGCUCGAUGUGACUUCGCCUGCGCAGAGGUCAAUGGGGUGAUAUAUGUUGCUGGUGGAUUUGGUCCAAAUGGAGACAGUUUGUCUAGCGUCGAAGUUUAUGACCCAGAACAGAAUAGAUGGACACUGAUUGAGAGCCUGCGCAGACCAAGGUGGGGCUGUUUCGGGUGCAGCAUUGAAGGGAAGCUUUAUGUCAUGGGUGGCCGUUCAAGCUUCACAAUUGGCAACUCCCGUUUCGUUGACGUGUACAAUCCUAUCAAUCAUGCCUGGGGUGAGUUUAAGAACGGCUGCGUGAUGGUCACGGCUCACGCCGUUCUUGGUGAGAAGCUCUUCUGCAUCGAAUGGAAGAACCAGAGGUCUUUGGCAAUCUUUAACCCAGCCGAUAACUCGUGGCAGAAGAUCCCAGUGCCACUUACAGGUAGCUCAAGCACUCGUUUUUCAUUGGGUAUACAUGAUGACAAGCUGCUGCUCUUCCCGCUGGAGGAAGAGCCUGGGUAUCAGACGCUGAUGUAUGAUCCCACUGCACCUACGGGGUCUGAGUGGUGCACGUCAGAGCUGAAGCCCUCAGGGUCUUGCCUGUGCAGCGUGACCAUCAAAGCAUGAUGAUGCCCUAGAGUGCGAAGGUGGUGGCAGUUUACUGUCCUUAUAGGAUGGAAUCCUGCUUGGUUCCUCUUCCCGUAUUUUAUUGGCUCGUUGCACUCUUAAACAAUAAUUUGACAUUUAUGUGUCGGUUCAUUGAAUUGCCAUAGCACCAUGAUGUAUUAUCACUUCACUUGUAUUGAACUCUAGUUCUGGCCAUAGGGCCUUCAAUUGAUAUGGUCAUUUUACUGUUCACCCACGUUAUAACAGCAGGCAGCUGUGUUCAUAGCUGCUGCUCAGUUGUAAUAGUUCAUGGUUGCAUUGUGGCUAGCAAACUGGUUUACUUAUAUCA